ACGGUCACGUCGGUUGUGUGGACGGGGAGAUCUCAGAUGAGCGGAGAAAAUGAGCAGAUUUCUGGCUCCAAGAUGUCAUCUUCGGAGAUCAUAGAUAGAUUUAUGCGCUUACGUAUAGCCUGGAGUAAGCUGUUUGCUGUUAGAGCCUUCAUAUCCCUCGCCAAUUCGUGUAAUCAUCAGUUACCACGUGAUCGGAGCAUCCGCCUUCGCGUCAUGCCGGAACAAAGCAACGAUUACAGGGUGGUGGUAUUCGGAGCUGGUGGAGUGGGCAAGAGCUCCUUGGUCUUACGAUUCGUACGUGGGACAUUCAGAGAGACGUACAUCCCCACAAUAGAAGACACCUACAGACAAGUGAUCAGCUGCAAUAAGAAUGUGUGUACCCUUCAAAUCACCGACACGACGGGGUCCCAUCAGUUCCCGGCAAUGCAGCGGCUGUCGAUCUCCAAGGGGCACGCUUUCAUUCUCGUCUACUCCAUCACAAGUCGACAGUCAUUGGAGGAACUCAAACCCAUCUAUGACGUCAUAUGUGAGGUCAAAGGUGACAUUGACGGUAUCCCUAUCAUGUUAGUGGGGAACAAGUGCGACGAUGGGAACCGGGAGGUCAGUAUACAGGAGGGGAUGGAGCAGGCGAAGGCGUGGAGUUGCGCGUUUCUCGAAACAUCGGCGAAGACAAACUACAAUGUCAAAGAACUUUUCCAAGAUCUGCUCCAACUCGAGAAGCGGCGGACCAUGAGCCUUCACCUGGAGACGAAGAAAUCCAAGUCACAAAAGAGGCGGGAAAAGCUGAAAGGCAAAUGUACGGUGAUGUGAUUUCAAUAAAUGAAGUCAACUGCACCUAUCUGCAGAGAACUGCAUAAACACAAGAGGGCGCUAAACAUCAGAUUGCCUCCAAUGCCACGUGUGCUUACUACUAGCUACGUAAUGCGCACACAAAUAAACAACAAUCAUUGGUGUCAUUGUUACAUGUAAAGGAGAUUUUCUACACAGUUACGACACCAUUGGAAUAAAUCCUUGAAUGCAAGAAAAACCGUGUCCGCAGGUCGGAUAAUAAGACCAUUGCAAGCUCUUCGGAUGAAGCAAGUAAUCUUAAAAAUAGAAAAGCUUUAAGUCUCGGUCAGGAGUUAUGAAUUUAAACGGAAAGUAUAAAUUUAAAAAAAUGGAUUGAUAAGCUUUAAGAUUGUUUUGGAUAAGAUUGAAGAAUGCUAUUUCCUAUGCACGAAUAGAUGCCAUGUCACAAUUAUUAUAACCAUUGGAUGCAGUGAUCAGGAGUCCGUCUUACAGACGAUGUGACCUCUGUUCAACAUUUAAACCGCCCUCUGUUGACAAAACACUGUCGAAGUCAUGUGACUUUUUCUUUUAACUUCGCGAAUUCACGAAACACUUGACCCUUUGUCUCGUAAAAAGUGAGAUUCCAGGAGCAUUUGAGAUGUUCAUGGUGUGACGUGUACAAAUCAGAUUAUGACAUGUUGUUUAGUUACUCAUUUUUUUCUCGAGUAAAUAUUAUUAUAUUUUGGCACUUUGCAAUUCGAUUUAAAUUCACAGGAGAGUUGCUAAUAAAGUAUUCAAAUUAAACAAAAGGGUAUGGAAUGAGUGUUUGAUAAACAGCAAUCAGUUUACACUUCUCUUCCUUGUUUUAUACAGAAUUAUGUAAUUAUUAGAAUUAAAAAAAUUAAUCACCGGAGAAGAAGAAGUGAUGGAGAUUAUUGACCAAUCCGACUUCAGGAUACAAAUUGUACAUUUUGUGAGAAAGCAAAGAACUAUUUUGUAACUCAGUUUAGCCUUAUACAACAAGAUGAGUCUUUACAAAUUAUUGAGAGAGAGAUUACAACAGUUUACGAGAUUAUUAUUAUGACAGAUAAAAUUCUAAGUAAUAUUUUAUUGUGUCAGGUUAUUGAUAAGUAAUCAGCCUGGCAGAGAGAUGAUUUAUUGGCAUCAUCAAUUUUGUACUCGGAUUAAAUUACAUUAUUUGCUUUGUUUCCAACUUAUUGCAUUGAGAUGUAUUUGAAGAAGCUACAUUUUGAAGUGAUGUGUUUAAAGGUACUGGACACAGUUGGCAGUUUACUGAAAAUAAUUGUUAAUAGCAUAAACACUUAAUUGGUAGCCUAGCGAGCAAUGGGGAGCUGUUGGUAGUAUAAAACAUUGCGAGAAACGGCUUCCUCUGAAGUAACGUAGUUUUUGAGAAAGCGGUAAUUUCUCACUCCAAUUAUUCAAAUACACCACGCCUGAAGCCCUUUUAAAGCAUUUAGAAGCAGACAAAUUUUGUGCAACAAGGGUGUUUUUAUUUUAUUCUUGCAACUUCGAUGACCAAUUAAGUCCAAAUUUUCAAAGAUUUGAUACAUAAUGUUGGGCCUCACCAAGUGCUGAUACUGGUAUUAUUUGACAAUUACCAAAGGUGUCCAGUGCCUCUAAGUAUUUUUUUUAAGAUCACAUCAGGGAUGAUUGAGAGGACGACGAAUGUACUUUUGCACAAGCCGAAAUGGGAUUUCUUGUUUAUCCGAUUGAAGGUAUACACGAUUGGUAAACACAUUUACUUAAUUUUAGUCUGAAACCUUACUGAUUAAGAAGUUCAUACUAAAAUCAUUCUUUUUUCAAAGGAAAUAUUCCCUUCUGAAUUGAAGUCAUAUACGAGAAACAUGUAACAGACUCCCUAAAACGCAUAACCUGAUUUCGGUUAAUUUUUGCCAAAAUUUAGGACAAUGUGCUGACAAAAGUAAAUAGGCGCGGGUUCACUUUUUUUUCUCUUCCCACACAACGGUUUCAUAUCAAAUCCUCUGCUCAGAACUGGGGUAUUUAAUUUCAAUUUCAAAUUCCUAUUAUCAAAAGGUCAUCAAAAAAAAGAUGCGUGUCAAAUUAAACAAAAUUAAAAUAAAAUCACAAUCAACAAAUGCAUGUUUUAUUUUGAAAAUGAAUGCUUGUUUUUGCCCUACAAAUUAAUACUUUGACGACCGCUAUACAACAAUAAACCACUUUACCACCAGAUUACGAAAAUUAUGCAAAAGCAAUUUUAUGAAACCCAGAUAACGUGCACCAAUGAGGUUUUUUAUUUCUGAGCAGACGAAAUUGUCUAAUGUUUGUUAAAUUAGGAACACUGUCUGUAAUGAUUUUUUUCAACUCUACCAAUUCUGUUAAGUACCUUUAAUGAUGGGGCGUUAUUGAUUUGAACUGGUAACCAUGACUUCAAAGUAACAACAGCUCUGCACAUUGACAACUUGAAACUUACUUUUGUUGUACAGAUUGGCAGCAUUAUAAGAAAUUAACUUUCUUUUAAAGUCACUUUUGAUGGUUUAUCAACUUUAAUGAAAUGCCACUUUGAAAACCAAAUAUAUUGGAAAUUAUCACCCAGUUUUUUUAAUGAAAUAGGUCGAAACCCUAGGAGGAAAAAAAAUUGAUCAUAAAUUAAUUUUGUAAAAAAAACAAUGUUGAAUGUGGUUAUGGUCGUUGGGUAUGCUGUCACCAUAGUGAUCAAUAUUCACUGCACUGAAAUCAAAGUUUCCAAUUAGCAAGGGCCAAUUGAACGACUUAUCGAUUAACAUUGAUUAUUGACUAUCAAUCAGCAAGUGGCUGUUUCUUUUCACACAAUUUAAAAAUAAUCUUUUUGAAUAAAUAAAACAGAAUUUUGAAGUUGAUAGUUUAUUGUAAUAAUUAUGUUUUCUUUUUCUGUUUGGAUCGUUAUGUACACUUAUACGUUUCUACGUCACUUCAGUUGUGUUUAUUUUUGUACACAAAGUUAUAGUUGUUGUAAAGAGUUUCCGAUUUAUUAUAACCAUGGUAACGUGUUUAUUUUUUUGUCAUAAAAAUUAUUUUGUUUAAUUGUUUGUAUAUUAUCG